AUGGUCUCCGACGAGCUGUUCGAGCUUUGUCAGCCAGUCUUGCAGAAUGCCAGCCUGGACGAGGAGGAGCUGACAGAACAGUUGGAGGAAUUACUGCGAUCCAAAACUACAUUAACUGGAUCUUCCCUAGAGCAUGCAGUGCUCGACGUUCUAUGGCACCGGCACAACGAAACCAAGCCCGGUGCCUCACCUCCCCCCAGUCGACAUACCGUUAUCCGUCGUUCCUCUCCAGCGCCAUGGCAAGUAACACGAGCCGCAACACCAAUUUCCUCCCCUUCGAUGACCGGUACGAGUCCCGCAGGGCCUUCCAGUUUCCAUCUUGCACGAGCUGGUCUUUCCCGCGGUCCUCGCUCUUCUACCGCGUCUCCCUUCACCUCUCCACGCCCGUCCCCUCGUCUGGCUUUCGCACAGCCCAUCCCCCAUUCGCCGAAUCUAAAUGCUUAUGAAUUCUCCGACCAGAAUAGCCAGACCUCCGAGUUCUACGGUGAUUUUGGCAGCGAAAGCAACGUGGAUUGGCUGGUGGCAGACGAUGCGCUCAGUGUCACAUCCUCCGUUGGAGGUCUCAGUGCAUCUGCGCCAGAAUUCGUCCCGGACAUGAGCCCCCACGACAUUCUUCGGUCUGUCCUGGGAGACAAAAAGACCAAUGAGGAAAUUGAGGCGGCUCUAGAGGUAAAUGGCUAUGAUCUUGGCGCUACAAUCGCAGCUCUUUCCGAGGAACCUAUAAAAGAUGAAUCCCAGAGGCUAGACGAAGGUCGCGUCUUAGUAGGCAAGUCCAUAAUGGUAGAGCCGAGUCGUCCAUUGACUCCCUCUAAUCAAGCGCGCACGCCCGUUGUCUGCAAGUAUUGGCUAUCUACGGGGAGUUGCUUGCGCGCAGACUGCCGCUUCAGCCAUGACUUGACCAGUCAUAUUUGCAAGUACUGGAUGAUGGGUAAUUGUCUUGCCGGUGAUGGAUGUCCCUUCUCGCACGAUCCUACGAGUCUGAUAGGCAAUAUGAAUAUCAAUGAUGCAUCGAACCAACAAUUAGCAAGUCCGCAAACCAAUUUUCAGUUCGAUAAUAACCAAGAAGCAUUUCCAGCCUUGCAGCCUGCCGGUGUUCCAGGCGAACAGUGGCCAGCUGCGUACAUGCGCAAGUAUCCAACUCAUGUUCUGGUUACUGGCCCGAGUGGCAGUACGUCACCCUUGGCAGGGGGGAGGAGGAAUGGUCCCAGUCGUCCCCAAUCUCGACCGACAAGUCGCCAUCAGCAACGCGACUUGAAUCCGUCUCCGCUCUCCGUGGACGACCCCGAGGCUUUCCCAACGCUAGGGGCCAUGCCAACAAAGAGCUCGAAAAAACAUCAUGGCAAGCGCGGAGGCCAUAAUAACACCAACAAGGAUACUAUUUCAAACUCCUUGGCUGACGUGGUACGCAUUUCGUCUCCUGGGCCAGGUAGAGGGAAGAACGCAAAGUCCAACAAAGAAAAUGUGAAAACCCGUGAACUCAGUGCCGAGGCCUUGGCUAUCCAAGCACCAAAGCAUAUUCCCUGGCUGGAAACUGGACCCAGGGCCAACCAGCAGUACAUCAAAUAUCGCACAGAUGCCAUUCGUCAUGGCACUGUGCGAAACAAAUUUCUGCAAAGUGCUGCACAGGCGUGGAAUAGAAACGAUGCCCGAGCAGCAAAGGCACUGUCACUACGGGGUCAGGCCGAAAACGAGGCGAUGCGAAGGUGUCACAGGGAAGCUGCUCGACAACUCUACGAAGAGCGCAGCCAACAUCUUGCAAAUAGUGGCCUCGACGAUGCUACUGAGGAGCUUUAUGUAGAUCUACAUGGCCUUCACCCGGAAGAGGCUGUCAAAUAUCUUGACCAGAUUCUCACGAAGCAUUCAAGCGAAGACCGGAUUCUUUAUGCCAUUACCGGAACUGGACAUCACUCUAAGAACGGAAAAGAUAAAGUGGGAAAGGCGGUAAAAGUGUGGCUGAACGAGCUGAAAUAUGUCUUUCGUGAGUUCAGCGUACCUGGCGAGCGCGGUGGCUAUGUGGGCGGUGUUCUGGGCAUUGACCCUACCAAUUAUGACAAGGAAGCUGUUGCAAGGUAUCAUAGUCAGGUUGACAGCCAGGCUGAGACUAAUAACAGCCAGCCGGUGCUUUCGAUGGGGAAAAUCCAGCUCCUGAAGCGCGACGAUGUCGCAUCAUGA